ACCUGAUCUGAUUGAGUUCCACAAGCUGACGCGGUCCAAUGCAACCCACAACCUCCAGCAAGCUUUCAACAUCGCUGAGCAUAACCUGGGCCUCACCAAACUCCUGGAUCCUGAGGAUGUGAACACAGAGAACCCAGAUGAAAAGUCCAUCAUCACCUAUGUGGUCUCCUACUACCACUACUUCUCCAAGAUGAAGGCUCUUAUUGUGGAGGGCAAGAGGGUUGGCAAGGUGCUAGACAGUUGUAUUGAAGCAGAGAACAUCGUGAACCGCUACGAUGCCCUGGCCUCAGACCUGCUGGACUGGAUAGAGAAGACCAUCGCGGUCCUCAGCAACCAGAAGUUCGCCAACUCUCUGACCGGAGUCCAGCAGCAGCUGCAGGCCUUCACCACCUACUGUACCAUCGAGAAGCCCAUCAAGUUUCAGGAGAAGGGGAAUCUAGAAGUUCUUCUGUUCACCAUCCAGAGCAAGCUCCGAGCCAACAACCAGAAACCCUAUGUGCCUCAUGACGGGAAGCUCAUCUCAGAGAUCAACAAGGCCUGGGAGAGGCUGGAGAAGGCCGAACAUGAGAGGGGCGUGGCUCUGCGUAAGGAGCUGAUUCGUCAGGAGAAGCUGGAGCUGCUGGCUCAGUGCUUCGACCACAAAACCACCAUGAGACAAGCCUGGCUCAACGAGAACCAGAGACUCGUGUCACAGGACAAUUUUGGCUAUGACCUGCCAGCAGUGGAGGCGGCGAUGAAGAAACACGAGGCCAUCGAGGCGGACAUAGCCUCGUAUGAAGAGCGGAUUGGCGUGGUGGUGGAGCUCGGAGCAGAGAUGGAGGCAGAAGGAUACUACGACAUCCGGCGUAUCCUGGCACGGAAGGAGAACAUCCUGGGACAGUGGAGCCUGCUGAAGGAGCUGGUGGCUGGGAGGAGGACCCGGCUGGAGAAGAACCUAGCCAUGCAGAAGACCUUUCAGGACAUGGUCUACAUGAUCGACUGGAUGGAGGACACACAGGUCCAGCUGCUGUCCAAGGACUUUGGGAAGCAUCUUCUGGAGGUGGACGACCUGCUGCAGAAACACAGCCUGCAGGAGGCCGACAUCACAGUGCAGGCGGAGAGGGUGGAGACUCUGAACACCGCUGCACUCAAAUUCACCACCAUAGAGGGUUACCAACCAUGUGACCCACAGGUGAUCUGUAACCGUGUCAACCAUGUGUCUUCCUGUCUGGAGGAGCUGAGACAGCUGGCAGCUAAAAGACGUGAAGAGCUGGAGGAGUCCAGACAGCUGUGGGACUUCUUUCAGGAGCUGGAGGAGUCGGAGGCCUGGAUCAGGGAGAAAAGCUCCAUCCUGAGUGCUCAGGGCUACGGGAAGGACCUGAGCAGUGUGCUGAAGCUGCUGCAGAAACACAAGACGCUGGCUGGAGAGCUGCUGGCUCACCGCUCGCUGCUGCAGAACACCAUGAAGCAAGGAAAGCAGAUCCUGAGUGAGAAGAGCUUCGGCACGGCGGGGAUCCAGGAGCGCAUCAUGGAGGUGAAGAGCGAAUGGAAGAGUCUGGAGGACCAGGCCGCGCAGCGUCUGGGCCACCUGCAGGAGGCGCUCAACUUUUUCCAGUUCUCCACGGAGACAGACGACCUGGUGGCGUGGCUGCAGGACGCUUACCGCCUGGUGUCCAGCGAAGACUUUGGACACGACGAGUACUCCACCCAGUCGCUUCUGAAGAAACACAGAGGGGUCAGCGAGGCCGUGGACAAACACAGCAUGCACGUGCUGGCACUGCGCAAACACAUGGUGGCGCUGCCUCUGCGCUACCGCGAUCAGGAGGAGGUGCAGGUGCGCAUGGGGGAGGUGGAGCAGCUGUACACGGAGGUGGUGGAGGUGGCGGUGCUCAGACAGCAGUGGCUCCACGACGCCCUCGCCGUCUACCGCAUGUUCAGCGAAGUCAAUGCCUGCGAGCUGUGGAUCGAUGAGAAGGAGCAGUGGUUGGAAAAGAUGGAGAUCCCAGAGAGGCUGGAGGACGUGGAGAUGGUGGCUCACAGGUUUGAAAGCCUGGACCAAGAGAUGAACAGCCUGAUGGGAAGGAUUCUGGACGUUAACCAGAUCGUUCAGCAGCUCCUGGAUGGAGGUCAUCCGUCCUCCACAGAGGUCAGAGGAUGUCAGGACCACCUUAACUCCAGGUGGAACAGCAUUGUGGAGCUGGUGGAGCAGAAGAAGGAUCAGCUGGGCUCCAUGCUCCGCCUGCAGAACUACCUGCUGGAGUGUACCGAGAUCAAGUCCCAGAUCCAGGACAAGAGGAAAGCCAUCGACGCCACCCAGUACAUGGGCAGUGACCUGGGGGGGGUCAUGGCUCUGCAGAGACGACUCUCCACCAUGGAGGGAGCUCUGUCUGUCCUGGAGCCAAAACUACUGCAUCUGCAG